CGGCUCGGGGGCGUGGCCGCGCCUGCGCGCUGCGGCGCUUCCGUGGCGGCCCGAAGGCGAGCGGAGGCGGGAGUCGGGCCCAGCCGCGCCGAGCCGAGCCGCGCCGCCGCACGCACCGCGCCAUGGCCAGCUCCCCCGUGUCUCGCGUCGUUUACAACGGCAAGCGGAGCGGCGGCCCGCGUUCCCCCGGCGCCGGCAGCGAGAUCUUCACGCCGGCCCACGAGGAGAACGUGCGCUUCAUCUACGAGGCCUGGCAGUGCGUGGAGCGCGACCUGCGCAGCCAGAUGGGCUCCGAGCGCGGCCUGGUCGAGGAGUACGUGGAGAAGAUGCCGAACCCCAGCCUGAAAGCGUUUAAGCCCGUCGAUCUGAGCGACCUGAAGCGGAGGAACACACAAGAUGCGAAGAAGUCGUAAGGCAGGUCCCCCGCUGAUCGGCCGGUCUUUAAAGUCCUCAAGCAGAUUUAAGUUGAGAUUUUGUGUUGAUUUCCUUCUCUGGUUACUGUACUCUGCCCAUGGGACAUCCAGUCAGCUCUGGGGCUGGCUUUGGAGCUACCUGAAUUCCAUGAUGCUUAGGGGCUCACUGAAGCUAGACAGAGCCCUCUGUUAAAGAUUGCAGCCCCUGAUCCGCAGCUUCCUCAGGCCUCCAUGCUGGGCUCACCGGUCACUUGUUCUUCUUCCAUCUCUGUCCCUGGUGUGCUGAGCACUCAGGCUCCUUGGGUGCUGGUGCAGGGCAGGGCAGAGCACCUGUGCUGUCGGUAGAGGCAGUGCCAGCUCUCUGCUCCCUUCUGUGCACCGAGGGCUCAUGGGUGCUGAAGUGGACCAAGGGGAGAAGGAAGGAAACCUGGUGCUGGCCUGAUGCCGAGGGACAUACUGGCAGCCCCAGUCCAGCACCGGGCAGUCCAGCACCGUCAAGCAGCUGACUACUGCUGCUUUGGCACACUUUGCCUAUUCUUUGCUCCCUGGUUGGAGGGCUUAAUUUGUACCUAGUCUACUAAUGCCCAGGACGUGUCAGUGCUGCCAAAGCUCUUGGGUCUACAUCCGAUGCCAGAUUUUCCUUGUGUUUAGAUUGGGCCAUGUCCUUGCAGUGCUGGUAAUGGAACCGCUUCUUUUUCCCUGUUGGGGGAGGGAGAGAGAGGCCCCAGCCCCAAACAUCCCAGAGGUGCUCUGAGCAGGAGUUGCACUGAGCCCUCUCCCACCCCCAGCCAGGACGGUGGAGGUGGGGGGAGUGGCUAGCACUGACUUAGCGUAAAAAAGCUCGUUUGCAUCCUUGCCUGAGCAACUCCUUGCUGUUUGAGCACUAACACCACUUCCCAGACAUGCACCCUUUGCAGAGUCCUGGCCCCCACAGCUGGCUGUAGCGUUGUGUGCAGGCUGUGGUGGUCCAGUCUGACUUGCCCUGGAGGCUGGCUUUCUCAGGACCCUUGGUCCCGUGUAAUCAUUUCUGUGCAGGGAGAGUGAGUGUGCCCUCCUGCCCACGUGGGCAGAGCAGCCUCUGGGGACGUGGGGAGCUGUGGGAGCAGCCUCCUGCCUGUGCUCAGAGCUGGCAGGGAAGGGAGCUGCGGGGGCUCUGCCCAGCACAUGGUGAAUUCAGAGUGCAGGGGAGUUGUGGUUGCUGUUAACUUUCCUUUGUUGCGUCAUUGAGCUAUACUGUUCCCCUUUUUUUUUUUUUUUUUUUUUUUCUGUUGUCUGUCACUUGAGGAGUGUUGUAAAUAAAAGCUGGUGUUCUUUUGA